CGUGAAGGCUGAGUAUGACGACCCAACCAACCAAACCUGUUGUCAUCUGCACUCGACUGUCAGCUUAAACCCUUGAAAUCUCGCUGGUUCGCAAUUUUGACUGUGCCAUCUCCGUGACCUGAUUAUUUGGAAACAGGGAAACACGCCCCCGGGAUCCAACCUCGCCAUGGUUCAAAUCUUGAGCGUAUCGAGUGUCGCUUGCCUCGCAGUGACUGCUUUGAGCGCAGUGAUUGGGUACUUUGUCCUUCGCCUCAGCGCCAAACGUCGAUUCUACCGUGGCCAUGACAUACCCAAAGCGCCACAUGACCCGCUCUGGGGGCACUUGAAGCUCCUCGGGGAAUAUACCAAAAAGGUGCCCGGUAGUUACGUACAGGCGCUAUGGACACAAAUGAAGCUAGACUUCAACCUCCCAGACAUCUUCUACCUAGAUCUGUGGCCCUUCGGCCCGGAAUUCAUCGUCUGCGCCAGUCCCGAUGCAGCGGCAAUGUUGACUACGGUAAAUGCCUUUCCUCAGGCCGAUCUUGUGGCCGAGUUCUUCGCCCCCACGAUCGGAUCGAGUUUCAUCGAAGCCACAAACGGGGCGUUGUGGAAAGAGCUGCAUCAAAUGCUAGCUCCGGGAUUGACACCCGGCGCCACCAGGACCUACCAUGAUCUUAUCGUCGACGAAGCCAAGUCGCUUCAUGAUCGGGUUCGUCGCGUGGCAGCUUCCGGGGAGACCACCGACAUGACCUACCAGGUUGGGCAGUAUCCCUUCUCUAUUAUGUGGACAAUCUUCUUUGGCGAAAGACCCGACCCAAACUCGGGCCUGUAUGACGCCUUAAAACGACUGAACGACAUUAGUGGCUCGACCGGACUCCCCCUCAACCCGAUCACAAGAUGGCAGGAGAAGAGGGAGCGGGCUGCGAUUAUAAGACGACUCGACAAAGAAAUCGAGAAGGUGAUUCACUCGCGGUUUGCGAAAGUCUCGUCACAGAAGCCUCUUCCUACCAGAGCCAACGCCAGUUGCCUCCUUGACCGGAUGUUUCUGGACCAAGUGAAGGCCGGUCUACCCCUAGACAACCGCCUAAUUAGGCUCGCUCAAGAAAAUGCCGAAGGCUUUCUCGUUGCCGGUUACAGCACAACGACGGACACGUCAAGCUACGUGCUCAUGCUUCUCUACUCGUUCCCCGAAGUUCUCCAAAAGGUCCGAGAGGAGCACGACCGGGUGUUCGGCAAGGACUUUGACGAGACGCUCCGCAUCCUGAGAGAGGACCCGGGCAGCAUCAACGAUCUCCCCUACACGACAGCCGUAAUCCAAGAAACGCUACGCAUGUUCCCCAUCGGCAUGGUCGUCCGCGACCCGCCCCCCGGAAUGACCUCCUUCGAAUACAAAGGCACCACCUACCCAGUCGGCCCGAACCACAGCUUCACCGUGCUCGCCCACGCCAUGCACCACGACGCCACCGUCUUCGCCUCCCCCAAGACCUUCCAGCCCGAACGCUUCCUCCCCACCACCACCACCUAUCCCUCCAACCCCUCCAACCCCUCCGAACCCUCCUUCCCGCGCAGCGGCUACCGGCCCUUCGAGCGCGGCCUGCGCUCCUGCAUGGGCCAGGCGCUGGCCAUGACCGAAAUGAAGGUGGCGCUGGUGGUGCUGGCGCGGGGGUUUGAUAUGGAGCUGUGCGGGCAUAACCCCGUGGAGGUGCCCAGGCUGGGGCAUACGGAUUUGGAUAUGGUGUUGGGGGAUCAUGCGUUUCAGGAUUCGCGGUUUACGGCGGGGCCGAAUGGGGAGGUGGAGAUGAAGGUGAGGGUGGCGGUGGGGAGGGGGUGAGUUCGCUUUCGGUUGUUUGUUUGUUCAUUUGUUUGUUUGUUUGUUGGAUGAUGAGUGUGGUGUGGAA